UCGGUUUUACAGAGAGCCAGUGACAGAAACCCUUCCCGCAACUCACACCACAUUGCUGGAUGACCCAGCUACCCAGGAGUCUGAGGAAAUACCCUCAGAAAGAAAUGAUGUGUUUGAUCCACUGGCACUGAUUGACUCCAGUUUAGCAGCGAUCCGCUCAUGUUCUCCACCCUCACCAGGCCUGGACAGUUUCAGCAAGAUCUUUACCCCUGACUGCCACAUCUCUGCUGUUAAAGACUCCAACACAAAAACCAAGAGCAAACAGAGAAGCCAGAAGGAAGCAAACACGUUACCUCACACCAACACAGGAAAUCUCACAGACGUACGCCAGCCCACACAGAGAGCAGAUACAUUAAGGCUAGAAAAGGGAAGCCUGAAACAUACCUAAGACAACAAGUGCGUUAUGUGACCUGUCCAAGAUGAUAUUAUUUUUAGUAAUUCUUUUCCUUGGGAACAUUCCUUCAUUUGUAUUUUCAGCAUCCCAGCCAAAAAUAAACUGCCUUAUCAUAAAUCUGGACUAUGUUAAUUGUACGUGGAGUGAGCAUGAGCAAAAUUACAGUUUCAAUAGCAGGUUUUUACAUGACCAAAUUCAGCAGUGUCCUACUUAUCUCAGGAUUAAAGGUGUUAACGUGGGCUGCAUUUUCCCCUACAAAAAACCGCAGCGGUUUAAUACUUUAAACACAUGGCUGUACAGUGACAACGGCACUCUGGUGAUAGAGCAGAAUCAUGAGAUGAAAGCACUUGUGAAGCUUAACCCUCCAUUCAGUCUGUCUGUGGUGGAGAAAAAAGAUGCUGAACUGUGGCUGUACUGGAAUAUUACAACGGACAGCAGCUGCACUGAGAGUCAAAUUCGUCACAGGACAGACAACAAUGACUGGAAGAUUACAACUCCAGGUCACAGGACCUCCUUCAGUUUGCCCUUUCCCUCAAAAAAGCGGUAUGAGUUCCAGGUCAGGGCUCGAAUAGGAAAUCCCUGCGGAGAGUCCAUGUUUUGGAGCGACUGGAGUGAGCCUGUCUACUGGGGAUUUUUAAAGGCCAACAAUAACACAGAGAGUGUGAUUAACAUGUCUGUGAUGUCAAUGGUGCCGUAUAUAGUGGGAGCCACAGUAGUUCUCAUCAUACUCUCCUGCUUGCUCGUCUAUAGCGAGAGGUUAAGAAUCAUUUUAAUACCAGUGGUACCAAAUGCAGGACGAAAUGUGAGCAAUUACCUUGCAGCCCUUUUUGACAAUUAUGAUGGCAAUGUUGAGAAAUGGCUGUCCAUGCCUAAAGAUCUGGAGAAUGGCUUCAAACCCAAUUUCACGGAGCGUGCCUGCCCUGUGCGCGAGUACAGUAUAGUGUCCCAGUCCAGCACUGACAGCGAAAGCAUCCUCUCAAACCCAACAGACCUGUCAUCAGAUUAUCAGUGCAUGCAUAGCUACUCAUCAUCCUCCACCAUACCUGGAUCAGCCGAAACCCUACAAACCCAAGAUCUAUCGCAAGUGGAUAUUCCAGUCUAAAUCUUCAAUUUAAUCUGAGGCAAUUCAAAUUGAGGGUUUAGAAAUUAAAUGUCUUUGAAAUUCGAAUCUUGAUUGAAAAGUAAAAUAUUUUCAUGUGAAAAGGGGGUUUUGCAAGUGUUAUACAAUUAUGAAUACCAGUCAAAUCCAGUAUUGUCAUUUUGAAACCUUUUUUAUUUUUUUUAUUUUUUUAAAUCAGUUCAAAACAAGGAAUAAUAAACAUUCAAUUGUGUCUUUUUCUUAUGUUUAAGCAGGGUAAUGUAGUGUUUGUAAUUGAAAUAGUGUUAUUUUUAUUUUUUUUGCUUUACAUAGUUUGGAGUUGGUUUUUGUUAUAAUAGGUCAGGUGGAGUUGUAGCAUAGUAGUCAUGUUUUAAUGAUCCCCCCCCCCCAGAUUGUUUGCUCCUGUUCAGUUUUUUAUUCGUUUAUCAAAAUGAUUUUCUUUACAGUGUUAUGUUAUACUGUUUUCCACAGUAUUGUAGGUAGGAUUUCUUUAGGGUCGCUUGAAGGAUUCUUCUAUAAGUUUAGCGUUUUUGCAAGCAGUGACUGUUGUAUCAACGUGUAAGAUGUGUCUGUGAUAACAUUUAUACUUGGUUCAAAGUAAAUUCCAGAAUCUGAUUUGUGUACUGGUGGGGAAAUCCCAUCACCUACAAACCUAUUAUCUGAUUAUUUAGCUGAGUGCUAUUUGUGAUUCUUAACAUAGUUGCAUAUAUAUUUGCAGAAAUUUCACUUCAGCUAGACCACCUGCUCUGAAUAUUUUUUUAUUUUUUUGAUUAUUCAGUUUAGCUAGCCAUACAUACAUACAUACAUACAUAUAUAUAUAUAUAUAUAUAUUUGUUUUAAAUGUAUAGUCUCUUUAUCAUACCAUAUCGUAAAAGGCCCUAAAAAGGCCCCUGAAAUCUUAAAAUUAAACAAUGUCGGUAGCAUAUGUAUCUUGGUUAAUGAACUACUCUCUGUGUGUUUUUGGAUUUAUUGGAUUUAUUUUUGCACUUUUGGCGUGUUGCUUUUCUGUAGUACUCUGAUAAAAUGUCACAUUUUUGAACAACAUUCAACAUACUUUUGAGACUUUUAACAUUUAGAAUGUGAAUUUGCUAUUUUAAGAUUAUUAGAUGAUUGAAGACAAAUAUGAUGCUUAAUGUAAUGCUUUUACAAUCUCUAAAUAAAAACAUUCAAAUUCACAUCA